CUGCGGCUGCAGGGUUGCUGAGCAACGGUGGAGUGCGGGGCGGUGUCUGGAUCUACCCUGGUGUGUCUAAGUGGGGGUGCCACCUGCCCUCGCUCCGCUCCCGGGCCUAUGGCGGCUACGGCGCCUGGGGUUCGGGCUGGGGGCUCGGGCUGGACCUGGCGGCCAGUGGCACGCGAUGCGCUUCUGGCUCGGGCCUUUCAUUCAUGCACCGAACUGGGCGGUCGGUUCUAUCUGGUGGGGGGGCUCCUAGCAGGUGGAACGACAGUGCCCAGCAGUGACACGGUGCUCUUCGACCCGGCGGACGCCCAAGCCGUGCGCUUGGGCGCCCAGGGGAGUGCCCCGCGCAGUCACCACGACGCAACAUCCUUGGGCGGCCGUUGGCUCUGCAUCGUGGGUGGCUGGGACGGUUCGCGGCGCCUGGCUACCGUGGUCGUGCUGGACACGGAGCGUGGAGCGUGGGAAGAAUGGAAAGCGGCCCCUGACAACUGCCCCCCAGCUGGUCUGAGCAGUCACACGUGCACUCGUCUCUCUGACCGAGAGCUGUGGGUAGCCGGCCGAGAGGGCGGGGUUCGCACUCAGCGACGCUACGGAAGCCUCUACAAGUUAAAGCUGGACCCUGGCGCCCGAACCUAUUGCUACAAGGAAGAAGGCUGCCACACGGCCUCUCGCUCAGGUCACUGUGCUGCCCUGCUGCAAACUCCCGGGCUCCACCCAGGUCAUCAGCUUUUGCUCUUUGGGGGCUGCAAUUCAGCUGAACUAGAAGUAGCUGGGCAGUGGACUCAUGGGAAGAUUAAGGAGCAGCCACCUGUUGCCCCUCAGUUGACGGAACAGCUUGCAAGGCUUGUAAGCAGUAAACAGGGGUCCCGACAGGGGCCCCGGGGACUGCGGCAUCACUCCUGUUCUGUGGUGGGGCCCUUUGCUGUGCUGUUUGGUGGAGAAAGUCUGACCAGAGCUAGAGACAAGAUCUGCAAUGACCUCUACAUCUAUGAUACUCGUGAGAGCCGUGAGCAUGGCAGGCAAAUCUCCUUCCCUGUGGUUCCACUUCCCCUGUGCAGACCGUGGGCUGAAACGUGUGGGCCAUCGCACCUGCCUCUGGAAUGAUCAGCUUUAUCUGCUUGGGGGCUUUGGUGAAGAUGGCAGGACAGCAUGCCCACAGGUCUACACCCUGGAUCUCUCUGUCUAGCAACAGUGCCACAAAGCACUACCAUCAGAGCUGUCUGCCUCGCUUCAAAGGUUUAUUAAAUUCAAUGUGAGAGUUA